UUUCUCCCUCUCAGAACCUUCCUGCCGCCGAGUUCGGACCUCGCUGCUCCAGCCUCCGGGCCCCGUCCCAUCCUUCCAGCCUGCGACCAGCAGCAGAGAAAAACUAAUUACAUAUCAUUUUCUUGCCCCGUACACACUUGUGAGGCGAGCAAAAAGAUUACAAUAAAUUUUAAAAAUGAGGGAAAUCGUGCACAUCCAGGCCGGUCAGUGUGGCAAUCAGAUCGGUGCCAAGUUCUGGGAGGUGAUCAGUGAUGAACAUGGCAUCGACCCCACCGGCACCUAUCAUGGGGAUAGCGACCUGCAGCUGGACCGCAUCUCCGUGUACUACAAUGAAGCCACAGGUGGCAAAUAUGUUCCUCGUGCUAUCUUGGUGGAUCUAGAGCCUGGGACCAUGGACUCUGUUCGCUCAGGGCCUUUUGGUCAGAUCUUCAGACCAGACAACUUUGUUUUUGGUCAGUCUGGGGCAGGCAACAACUGGGCCAAGGGCCACUAUACAGAGGGGGCCGAGCUGGUUGACUCGGUCCUGGAUGUGGUUCGGAAGGAGGCUGAGAGCUGUGACUGCCUGCAGGGCUUCCAGCUGACCCACUCACUGGGCGGGGGCACCGGCUCUGGAAUGGGCACCUUGCUCAUCAGCAAGAUCCGUGAAGAGUAUCCUGACCGCAUCAUGAACACCUUCAGUGUGGUGCCCUCACCCAAAGUGUCCGACACUGUGGUUGAGCCCUACAAUGCCACCCUCUCCGUCCAUCAGCUGGUGGAGAACACUGAUGAGACCUACUGCAUUGACAACGAGGCCCUUUACGACAUCUGCUUCCGCACCCUCAAGCUGACCACGCCAACCUACGGGGACCUGAACCACCUCGUCUCGGCCACCAUGAGUGGUGUCACCACCUGCCUUCGCUUCCCUGGCCAGCUCAAUGCUGACCUCCGCAAGCUGGCAGUCAACAUGGUGCCCUUCCCACGUCUCCACUUUUUCAUGCCUGGCUUUGCCCCUCUAACCAGCCGUGGAAGCCAGCAGUAUCGGGCCCUCACUGUGCCGGAGCUCACCCAGCAGGUCUUCGAUGCCAAGAACAUGAUGGCUGCCUGUGACCCCCGCCAUGGCCGGUACCUCACUGUGGCUGCUGUCUUCCGUGGGCGGAUGUCCAUGAAGGAGGUGGAUGAGCAGAUGCUCAACGUGCAGAACAAGAACAGCAGCUACUUCGUGGAAUGGAUCCCCAACAAUGUCAAGACGGCUGUCUGCGACAUCCCACCCCGUGGCCUCAAGAUGGCGGUCACCUUCAUUGGAAACAGCACAGCCAUCCAGGAGCUGUUCAAGCGCAUCUCAGAGCAGUUCACUGCCAUGUUCCGCCGGAAGGCCUUUCUCCACUGGUACACAGGUGAGGGCAUGGACGAGAUGGAGUUCACCGAGGCUGAGAGCAACAUGAAUGACCUCGUCUCCGAGUACCAGCAGUACCAGGAUGCCACCGCAGAAGAGGAGGAGGAUUUCGGUGAGGAGGCCGAAGAGGAGGCCUAAGGCCGAGUCCCCAUCACCUCAGGCUUCUCAGUCCCCUCCGCCUUCUUCCUCAACCGCCCCUUUCCUCUCCCUCAGAAUUUGCGUUUUCUGCCUCUGUCUUUUUUUUUCUUUUUUGGGGGGGGGGUUCUAGAACAGUGCCUGGCACAUAAUAGGCGCUCAAUAAAUAUCUGUUGUUUGUUGAA